CAAGGUUGGAGGGAUUGAGAUUCGCGCUGAAUCCAGAAACGAGAUGAGGUAAGCAUGGUUGGAGGGGCGUACCUCGCCCUGGUCACAUUUUGCAGUGCUUUUCUUUCGCUUGCGCACCAAUGUCAUCCCAUGUUGCCCCCCGGGGUUCGCCUGGGAGCGGCGCUGCUCGAAGAGCAGGAGCCCGCAGACACGUGCAAUGCCACCAGCACCACCUUGACCCAGACUGGUACCUCCACCACCUCCACGUCUUCGACGACGACGCUGAGCACCACCACUGGAACAAGUAUGACCAUGACUUACACGAACUAUUCCAACGCCACCUCCACCACCUCCACCAACACCAGCACCACUACCACUGGAACUUCCAGCAGCACCAGCAGCAGUAGCUCUGUCACUUCCAGCAGCACCUGGUCGACGUCCAGCUCCACUAGCUCCAGCAGCAGCCGAAUGGCCACGGAAACGACCAGCAGCAGCACUUCCAGCAGCAGCUCUACCAGCAGCAGCAGCACCAGCUCCACGGAGACCAGUAGUUCCACCAGCAUCAGCUCCACGACCAGUUCCAGUGUCACCAUCUCUACGACCAGCAGCUCCUCUAAGAGUAGCAGCUCCAGCACAUUGUCAUCCACUUCCACCACUUCAUCGACCGAAACCACGUCUUCCAGCACCACCGAAAGCAGCACCAGCACUACCAGAUCCACCAGCAGCACUUCAUCCGUCACCAACACCAGCAGCACCGUGACCAGCACGUCCAGUGUCACCACCUUCACCACCAGCAGUAGCAGCACCUCGUCCCUGUCCACCUCCAGAACGACAUCCACCGUGAGUCAAACUUCCACUACUACUUCCACAUUCACAUUUUCUUCAACAAUCAGCACAUCUACUACAUCCUUGACAACGACGAGCAGCACUUUGGUCAACUACACCUAUGAAAACACCAGCACCACCAACACCACUACCACCACAACAGCUACAAACACCAGCACUUCCACCACAGGUACCCACACCACCUCUACCCUCUCAAGCAUCACUCAAACAACCACCAGCAGCACAUUUUCAAGCACCACCACUUGGAGUACCAGUAGCACCACCAGCAGCAGCACUAGCUCCACUACAAGCUCCUCCACGUCCAUCACCGGAACCACCACCUCCAUCACAACGUCCUCCACGUCGCGGACAACGAGCAGCAGCACAUCCUCCAGUUCAACGUCAAGUAGCUCCACAUCUUCAAGCAGUACCAGCAGCAGUAGUUCCAGUAGUUCCAGCUCCACCAGUUCCACCACCACGUCGACCACCUUGAAGUUUUGCGACACCCGCGACAUUUGGCCAGGCAUUCCGCUCUUCACGGGGACCUCCUGUCGGUCUGUAGGAACAGGUGGUACCUGCGAGUUGACGUUGGUGGAUUUGUGGGCUGAGGGGAUCCAGGAGUGCUACGCCCCAGGCGUGACGGAAUUCUUCUGCCCUAUGGAUGAUGACAUCACACUGAUUCCCAUGUCAAGGAAUGUGCUCUGCCAAGUUUGCACUGCACAGGGCUUCACCGAUUCGGAUCCGCGGUACGGCUUCGUGACGGGCCGGAUCUUCUUUGGUCCCAACCAAAAAGAUGGCUUCGUUGACGAAAGCGUCUUGUGGGGCUAUCGCCUAAGUUUCAUCGACGAUUGCGGUGCGGACCUAGCUGAGAUUGGGAAGGUGGGCAAGCGUGACUAUCCUCCGGCCAUUUGCUGUGAUCCUGAGCGAUACAGUUUCGGCUUGGAGGGUGUCCCAGUGCCUGCAGGUGCUACGGCCAUUCAGAUCGCCCCAUACAAGGGGAAUUGGCGCUUGUUGGGAGGAGUCAAUGUUAGUCUCGUGGACUUCUAUAUCUCCUCUACAACCACAACAAGCCUCACCCAGACCUACACCACCUCAUCCACAAGUUCAACGUCAAACAGUACCACUGAAACCAAAACGUCAACAACUUUGACAUCAUCCAGUAGCACUUCAAGCUCUACAAGGAGCAGCAGCGUCACAACGACGUGGUCGUCAUACUGGACUCAAACUACCAGCUUCCUCUCUACCACCACCACUUCGACGCCCAGAACCAAAACCAGUUCGGCCAGACGGACGGCCGCUGAUUUGCUAUUGGCAAUUUUCCUCGGACACGCUGGAAGCGUCGUUCUGAUGUAAUCAACUCCCCAAAGUCGAGGUACCUUGUACAGAAAUUAUCACUUUGAGAUGCCACAAAUU